AUGCCUGACGGAAUGGAAAAGAAAAGUGAAGGUGUAAUGUACGGAGUAUCAACUUCCAUAACACUUGAUGGUCCAACGCCAGAAGAUAUUGAAGCUAAUGAACAACUACUCACUCUGUUGCGAUCAUUAAAUCUGUUCGAGACAGAAAAAGGACUUCGCAAAAGGGAAUUGAUUCUGGCCAGUUUGAAUCGGUUAUUGCAUAACUUUAUCCAUUCUGUAUGCAUUAUGCAGGGUUUAGACGAGGAUGAUGCUAAUGAUGUAUCUGCAAGACUUUUAACCUUCGGUUCAUAUCGAUUAGGGGUUAUUGGACCAGAUAGUGAUAUUGACGCACUUUGCCUCUGUCCACAGCGUAUAACACGGAAUGACUUCUUUACCGUUUUUUAUGAUAUAUUAGCAAAUCAUCCCAAUGUUUCAAAGAUCCAUGCUGUUGCAGAUGCUUAUACACCACUAAUAAAACUUGUAUACGAUGACAUAGAUAUUGAUAUUCUAUUUGCCAUAUUACCCAUUCCAACAAUUAGUCCCAAUCUCAGCAUUUUGGAUGAUGAUAUUUUACGCAAUUUGGAUGAUAUCACGGCUAGAUCAAUAAAUGGAUGCCGAGUGGCAUCCCUAGUACUAUCAUCAGUUCCCAAUGAACACAAUUUUAGAAACACUUUAAGGUUUAUCAAAUUGUGGGCUCAAAAACGGGGUAUAUAUUCCAACAUUUUGGGAUAUUUGGGAGGCGUAGCCUGGGCAAUACUCACAGCAAGAGUGUGCCAAUUGUAUCCAAACUACUUACCUAAUCAAAUAAUACACAAAUUCUUCAAAGUGUACAUGUUAUGGAACUGGAAAUACCCCGUAGUCAUUAAUAAAAUUAAACAGCCAGUAAACGUACCUGGGUUGAUGAUGUUCAAAGUAUGGGACCCUAAAACAAAUCCCCAAGACCGACUACAUUUAAUGCCAAUAAUUACCCCUGCCUUUCCAGCAAUGAAUUCGACACAUAACGUCACUAACACUACUAAGCGUGUAAUGAUUAACGAAUUUAAGCGUGCUCAUGAAUUGCUUAAAACACAAUCACAGAUGACUUGGAAUGAUCUACUUGAGCCUGCAAACAUAUUUAAUGAGUUCAAGCACUUUUUGGUAAUUAUAGUUGUGGCAAGUGAUGAAAAGGCGCACAGCAAAUGGCACGGAUGGAUUGAAUCUAGAAUUCGCUUCCUAAUACGUAAGCUGGAAGCCAUCGAACAUACGGAACUGCGCCCAUGGCCGCACUCGAUUACCAUGGAAGAUCCAGAUUGGACUAAUUCCAAAUGGAUUUUUAUAGGACUCAGCUAUAAUAAAACUGAAGAAUCGCAAUUUGACAUUAGAACGCCUAUUAAAGAGUUUAAAAAUCUUAUAUUCUCUUGGCAAGAGCUGACAUCUUAUGAGUCCAAAGUUGACGUGCGAAUUGAAUAUAUGAAAAAAUCGCAAUUACCGGAAUCAAUAAAUGGUUCUAAGUCGCUAAAGAGGAGGAGGAAGGUUAUUGACGCCUGA